GCGACACAGAGAGUUGUCUCGCCAAAGGAGAGGGAAAAUGUCAUUGUCUUUUUCUCCUGUUCAUGUUCUCACCACUUAUCAUACGGAAUAAAAACCUUGUUAAACUGGGAUUUUCUUCAAUCUGAAUUCAGUAAAACAGAUUUAAUCUCAGACUGAUUCUUCUUGUGGGACUAGUUCUAUUAGGAUCCUACUAGUUGUCUGGUGUGGAUAUAAUACCAGUCGGUCUCUGAGAUGGAGUCCAGAACUCUUCUACUUGUUCUGGGUCUUCAAUUCACUCUACUGGGGAACAUAGAGGCCAGAGUUUGCGGCCUGGGCUUCAUUGCCAAUGGGAGUCAACAAUGUGAUGAUACAGAUGAGUGUAAAGAGUUGGACAGUAACCCACCCUGUGGAAGUAAUGCCGCAUGUUACAACACAUAUGGAAGCUUCUACUGUCACUGUCUACCUGGGUUCAGAUCCACGACAACUUUAAAGUUUACUCCUUUCACUGGGGAGUGUAAGGACCUCAAUGAGUGCCUGGAGAAACCACCGGUUUGUGGCAGCAACACCAUUUGCCUCAACACCAUCGGGAGCUACAACUGCCAAUGUCAACCUGGGUUCAGAGCUACUUACGCUGGACACUGUGCAGACAUAGAUGAGUGUAAUGAGAUCGCUGGUAUCUGUGGAGUGGGCGGGGACUGCCAGAACCAGAAAGGAAGCUACAGUUGCCUCUGUCACCCUGGAUACAGUAACUACGACAACAAACAGGCUCAGUGCUCAGUACUGACCUGUGACCAGUUCAAAGCGAAUGCGACUCCUGGACAGAAUGUCCCAGGUUUAGCUGGUCUCCUGUCUCUGAUGAGGAACAGCUGUCUGGCAUUAAGUAACUCUGGGGAAGCAGCCGGAGGGAGACUGACUGGAGAGGUGUUACUGGAGAAUGUCUUCACGGAGAUGGACGGCCUCUUGUCUCAUGCUAUCCUAAACAACAGCCGGGAGGUGAGUGGGUUGCUAGGCACCGUGGAGGACGCCAUGAGGUUCAUCGGGCCGCAGCUCAGAGACACCCACACCACCAUGGAGACAGACCACACAGCGACUGAGCUUGCAGUGAGGAGGGGACAGACUCCGCCCACUGGGCCAAUCAGCCUGGCCAAUGACAACGCUCGGCUGGACACCAGCUGGGAGACAGCCACCGGCAACGGGACAUACCCAGGUUUCACUCUGGCUGGGUUGGUGUGUUACAAGACAGUGGAGAAAUCUGUCAACAACUCCUUCCAGUACCUCACUGACACGGACACAAACAGAGGCACAGCAACCGCCACAGCAUCAAAGCCUAGCUACCAGAUCAGUUCCAAGGUGGUAACAGCCUUUGUCAGUAACCCAGCAACAGAACACCUCACCAAGCCUGUCAUCCUCACCUUCAAACAUCUACAG